AUGGUCUCCCCUGACCGCGCAACAAUCAUGGAGACCAACCGGUCGCUCCGAAAUAUAAAGACUGAGCUUGAGAACUUGCUCGAAAAGGGCGUCAUCGACGAAAACGUCUUCGACUCCAUCACCGGCUCCCUGCCGCCCGAAUCAUCCCUAUCCGGGCCCCUACGCACGACCGCAAACUCCGGCGAUGCCGCGGCGUCGUCCAGCCCGGCGCCCGCGACCCGCGACCACGCGUCCCCGCCGACGCAGGGCUUCCAGAACAUGAACCUCAACAAUUCGCCGUCACCCGCACCCCCAUCCUACAACAACACGCCCGCGCCGGGGGUGCCCCCCCGCGGAGCCACUCCCGGCCGGCCCGUCAUCGCGCACGCGCGGGCACUCUACCGCUACGGCGCGACGGACGCGCGCGACCUCAGCUUCGAGAAGGACGAUCACGUCGCCGUCUACGAGUACAUGAACGACGACUGGUGGAUGGGCAUGAACCAGCGCACCGGCCAGGAGGGCAUCUUCCCGCGGAGCUACGUCCUGCCCGAACAGGACUACAAGGCGCCACCCGGAGGCUACGGCCCGCCGCAGCCGCAGUACGGUUACCCGACGGGCCCGCCGCAGCAGCAGAACCCGUACAACGCCAGCGUGCCCCCGAUGGCGGUGGCCGAGGGCGGCGGCCAGCAGCAGCAGGAGGGGGGUGCUGGUGUUGGCGGCAAGGGGGGCGAGUACGGCAAGAAGUUUGGUAAGAAGCUGGGCAAUGCGGCGAUUUUUGGUGCGGGCGCGGCGAUUGGUGGCAACAUUGUCAAUAGCAUAUUUUAG